CUGACACCAAGGUACUUUGGGUGAAAGGGGGGCUCGAUCAGCAUCAUUAUCAUUCAUUCAUUCACUCAUCAACCUUUUUGGUAAUCUGAUCUCGCGUCACGGAGAUCAUGAAGCACAGCUAGACAGUCUAUUCGCUCCGUUCUUAAACGUCCCCUUGAUCCGCCUCCCUCCUGCAUCGUACACCAGUUCAAACGUCGCCCGACCCGACGGACCCAUGUCUGACGCUCACGUCGUCAGACCUCACGAACCCAUGGCUCCGAAUGAGACGAUUGGGAAUACGAGUCCGAAGAAGAGGAAAGGAGAGGAUGACGGUGGUGAAGAGAAACUCGUCAAGUUGCCAACGCCAAGCGGGAAGAAACCCCGUCAGGAUGAUGUAGCUGCACCAGCUCCAGCUGCGUCUCCGUCCUCCUUGAUAGCUUCAUCCUCCCUUCCAUCUUCCAGUACCUCUCACAAUCCUCUGAUUCAGAUAAAAGGACGCAAAUUGGUCCUGACACAAGAACCAUACAAGAUCAUCCCUCCACCAAGACGCUCGCUCGAAUUCGCUAGCUUUCUGCUUGAAGCACAGGAACAAGGUCACAAGGUGACGGAAAUUCCUGAACAGCAUUGGGGCCUGAUCGCGAUGCUGGGACAUGAAUCCACCGCUCGCACCGAAAAUCUGCUCGUGAAGCAAAUCAGAACAGCUCUGAUGGUUCCCGUUGGCGGAGACAGCGAGACCCUCUCUUCAGACGCCCUCUCAUCACUCAUCUCCAAGCUCUUCCAUCAGAACGAUUACGGUCUCAUCGCUUCUGACUUCUCUCCCUCUUCAUCCACGACGAAAGUGCCGGUAUCCCUCCAACUGAAGUACUGGGAGGUCAUCGACCUCGACAAGUACUUCUCUGGGGCCCAGCUCUCAGCUUUGAAGAGUCGGCUGGACCAACGCAAGUCUGCGAGAGUGGAAUGUGUAAAAUCACUCGAGAGCAUGGAUGACGUCGAAAGGCUCGAACUGCUCAAAGGCAGCACAGAGAAGAGCGAGAAAGGUCCCAAGCUCGGCAGGGUGGAGAAGGGGAAACAGGGCAGGACAAGCAAUCACGAGCUAGAGGCUGGCGAGGGCAGCAAAGUGGAUGAGACUGCCUCGUGCCCUGAGUCAUCCCCCGCCACCUUACCCCGUGGAAUGCGCGAAGGCACUGCGGGUACCAUCGGCUCUGCGAGAUCCGCUCGAUCAGUCUCACCGACGAAGAAGCCAAAGCCAACGCCGGAGGAGGCGGAAGCUGUGCGGGCUCUUAAAGCUGAAAGACAGGCUGAAAAGGAGGCAAAGCUACAGGCCAAAGCGGAGAAGAAGGCCGAGGAUGAGAGGGUCCAGCAGAAGAAGGAAAUAUCGUUGGCGAGACAGGCUCAAACGAUGGCUAGCUUUUUCAGCAAAAAGCCCGUCGUUCAGCCCAAAGCUGUGGCCUCUCCGUCCAAGCCAGCCGAGGCCACCGCCUCGUCGUCCGAAUCCAACCCAUCUCCAUCACGACCCGUCGUGAGCGACUUUGAACGGACUUUCAAGCCAGUUCAGAAGCGUCCCAACGUGUACUGGGCACCGAUAAAUGCCUGGCACGAAGCGAGGGAGUCAAGCAGUAAGCAGGACGCUGCGGAGACGUCCUCAGUCCAAGGGUGGAGCGCGAAAGACUUUCUGAAGGACCAUCUCGGUCGACACGGCCACUCACUCGCACCUCCUCCUCGAGCAUCACUUCCUCCUGGUCUUAAAACCGCACCGCGGUUCGGAUCUGUCGGCGACGUAUGGCGGGAACAUGAAGAAGCAGAAGAUCCGAGAAAGGUGCUGGAGUUGCUCAAAGACCGCACACGAUUCCCGUGGAAGGUCUUGGCGUUUGAUGAUCAGGUCAGACCGCCCUAUUGUGGAACAUUCUCAAAGAAAUCUGUGGCUGUUGGGGCACGGACGCCAUUCGCUCAGGACCCAGCGUUGGACUAUUCUUACGAUUCGGGGGAUGAGUGGCAGGAUGAUGACGGAGGAGAGGACGUUGACGAUUUCGGUGAAGGGCGUGCUGGAUCAGGUGAUGAUGAGGAUGACGAAGGCGGAGAAGAGGAGGACGAAUUUGACGAUUGGCUGGACGACUCGGAGGAAGUUGGAUUUGCUCGACCUGGGGACAGGUCGAUUUCAGGCUCGCCUGAGCCUUUGGAGAUUGGUCCGAGUGGCGCUGAGCAGACGAAACUUCCUCGUCAGGUUGUCAAGUCGCGUCAGGUUCCUAAGAAAGUGGUCAAGCUUACGCCGUCCUGGCGUGGACCGAUGUGGGAGUCGGAGAUUGGUUCAGGAUUUAGCGGGAUGACUGAGUAUCGUCUUCAAUUGUUGAAUGACACACCCGAGUCUAUCGACCCAUUCACAUAUACUUCUUCGGAUCCCGCUCAAGCAUUCAAAACCAACUUUUCAUCCACCGUCAUUGGCACCCAUCUUUCAGUCCGAUGCCUUCUUUCCGCUGACCCAAUCACACCCCGACCUCCCGUGCCACCGUUCGACGCCAACAUGUCGACUUUGCAAGCUGACGGUCAGUCUGGUCCUUCAGGCUCAGGCUCAGGCCCGCGCGGCGCCAACGGACCGAAGAUUGCGUUCCCGGAUCAUCUUCUAGGUGAUUUACUGCGCUUGGUUGAAGGAAGUAGGAAGAUUCGGACAGAUCUCAUCUCUCAACUUCGAGAAAGAUUUGAAGGAUUCGCGACGAAAGCGGCUAUAGAAGCGAAGUUGAAGGUCGUGGCGGUUAGAGAGGGAAAGUCAAAAGAUUCGCCGUGGAAAGUCUUGCCAGAAGCCUGGGUGAGUGCCACGCAAGAAGAAGCUGCAGCGAAGGAUCUUGCAUCGAGGUGCUUUGAACCAAAGCUGAUCCGCUUGAUUUCAGACCUCUGCAGGACUCGACGUUCCAGCCACAUCGAGCGUAGACGUCAAGAUUGUCUCGACGAAACCUACCAAUCACCUGAUACAAUUACCAUUGCCUCCCUCCGACCCUUUUUUGACGGAUGGGUUCGCUGCUGUAGUCCAUGAGCCUCCUCAGAGGAUGGCGGUGGAUUCUUCGUCUUUCUGAGGCGGAAAGAAGAAGGAACGGUCAUGGAGUGCAUGCAACACGACCGAACGAUGCCGACCCACCAAGAGUCCAAAGGAGAAGAAACACGAGCGAGAAGAGGUCCACAUACCGACAUUCUGUCCAUAUACUUUUGGAUUUGACUCGGAGUCGGCGGAUGAAGGCGAGGUGGCGGCGAGGAGGAAGUGAAUGGAGCCUUGAGCCCACGCUUGUACACAAUACUACACACUACGUUUCAUAACCAUUUUUCGCCCCUUUACUUAACCAUGACCUGGACCACAAGUUCUACCCCUUGUAUACAAUGGCAUACGAUGCAUUU